AUGAAGAUCCUACAGCUGCGGAUGCCUGGGUCGCUGAAAGGACCAGUGACGCCGCCACCAGCGACGACGAACAAGCUAGACGCUGUGAAGGCUGCGUUGCGCCUGCUGAAGGAUGCCAGCAUCACGCCAGGUUCCUUUGCAGCGAAAGAUCUGUUCCAUCUGGAUCUCGAAGCGAUCCAGAUCACGCUGUCGGAGCUCUUCGAGAAACUGAAAGUGCUGGUCGGAGAAGCGGAAACUCAGACGAAGGUCGAGACCAAGCUGGAAGUCGCGCUGACUCAGCUCCCCGGAUCGGCUUCGCCGACUGGAUCGUCCCAACACUCGCACUACGCGUCAGCGACCUCGAUGGCCGACUCAGACACCUCGGAAGGAGUCGAGCGAAUGCAGCUGGCCCAUCAGGAGCCGCGAUGUUGCAAACCAGAUCGCAACGUGUAUCGAGCGUGA